AUAAAAAGCCAGUGUGUCACAAGUCUCAGGUGUCAAUGUACACGAAUAGAAACUUCAGCGAGCGUUGAUUCUCUCGAUUGUGUGUACUGUUGUUUCUAGUAUGGGAUUUAGACUUUGAACAUAAAACAUUAAAUGAGGAAGAAAUUGUCAGAUUUCGGAACUGGCAUAGAUGGGACCAUCAUCCAUUUUAGUGUUUCCUCGUUCGCAGGAACCAAUUAACUAUAGUCAGAUAGCUUGAUAGCGUCAGCUAUAUGUUGAAACAUGUCUUUUCAGCUGAAAUCUUGACGUUUGUGGCAUGUCAACAAGCGAGUUUGCCCUGAUUGCAAAGAAGAACCAUUAAUUAAAAUCCGAAAAUAGUUAGCAUUGUAACUUAGCAUUGGUUAGAUAGCAAUGUCGCAACUGCUGGACUCAGAGGAAAGCACCCGUUUGUUGAAAGGCGAUCUUGGCAGUGAUGGAGCUCCUGAGACAGCACUCCAGUGUAGGAGCCGAUGGAGGUCCAUUCGAGUCAUGUACUUCACCAUGUUCCUCAGCAGUGUGGGUUUCACCAUUGUGAUCACAUCAAUAUGGCCCUUUCUGCAAAAGGUAGACAAAAGUGCCAGUGCCAGCUUUCUGGGUUGGGUGGUUGCAGCCUACAGCCUAGGGCAGAUGGUGGCAUCUCCACUCUUCGGUCUGUGGUCGAAUCACAGGCCUCAAAGAGAGCCACUGGUGUGCUCCAUCCUGAUCAAUGUGGCAGCAAACAUCCUGUACGCCUAUGCCUCCCUGCCACCAGCACACAACAAGUACUACAUGCUAAUGGCUCGAAUGUUCGUUGGAUUUGGAGCAGGCAAUGUGGCUGUUGUCAGAUCCUAUGUUGCUGGUGCAACAUCGCUAAGUGAGAGGACCGGAGCAAUGGCCAACAUGAGUGCCUGUCAGGCCCUGGGCUUCAUACUUGGUCCAGCCCUGCAGGCUGGUUUGUCCUUCAUCGGCGAGACUGGUGUGUGGCUUAAGCUGUUGGACCUGAAGCUGAACAUGUACACGGCCCCUGCAUUGCUGGCGGCCUGCUUCGGGGUCAUUAACGUCCUCUUGGUUCUCAUAGUGUUGAGGGAGCACUGUGUGGACGACCAUGGCAGACACAUGAACGCAAUCAAUUACAUCUCAGAAGAACGAGUGGCACCAAGCAUGGAGGGCAACGUCGACCAAGUUGCUGUGAUCAUGUCCAACAUUCUUUUUUUUAUUAUCCUUUUCAUUUUUGCUGUCUUUGAGACGAUAUCCACACCCCUUUCUAUGGACAUGUUCGCCUGGACCCGCAAGCAGGCAGUUCUUUACAAUGGCAUCAUACUGGCCUGCAUCGGGUUUGAGUCCAUCCUGGUGUUCCUAGUGGUGAAGGUCAUAUCGCGGAUGGUGGGGGAUCGCCCAGUCCUGCUGGGGGGUUUAGCCAUCAUCUUCUGUGGGUUCUUUAUCCUCUUGCCCUGGGGAAACCAGUACCCCAACAUCCAGUGGUCAGACCUCCAUAACAGCUCCACCCAUGGGCUGCAGAGUCUCACCUCAUCUGCCAACUCCACCCAGGAGCCCACGGGCUGCCCUGCUGAGCAGACAUGGUGCCAGUUCACCCCUGCCAUCCAGCUGGCUCAGUACAUCACUGCUAAUGUACUGAUAGGGGUGGGAUAUCCAGCCUGCAAUGUCAUGUCUUACACUCUGUACUCUAAAAUUCUGGGACCCAAACCUCAGGGCGUGUACAUGGGCUGGCUGACAGCGUCAGGCAGCGGGGCGAGGACCCUGGGCCCUGUCUUUGUCUCUCAGGUAUACACCCUUUUAGGCCCACGCUGGGCUUUCAGCUUAAUUUGCAGUGUGGUCCUGGCAGCCAUCAUUCUCUUGUCUGCUACAUACCACCGUCUCAUCGCCUUCUCAGUGCGCCAUGGCCACAUACAGGAAUAUCCCCAUUCAGACACUGAGACUCCUCCCACAUCCUACUCAGGAACAUAGACCUGGCCAUGUGCAUGCCUGUAGGCAACUGUGGUUGCAAAACAUUGGGCAAUAGUCAUGACGAAACUUUCAUGGUAUGGCAACUGGAUUGAUUGAUACUGAUCUUUUCUGACUCUUGAGUUGAGAACCAUUGGUUCUCCUUUUCAGGACCCAACGGAAACCCUAAACACAAACCUUGUUCUCACUGACUCGUCUACAUAUCUGUGCAUGACUCCAUUUGCCAGGUUGGGCAGCCAGAGUGACUAGCCCUGGGGAAUCUUUAGAGCUGAGCUUUAUAGGCCCCUUCUGCACCCUUCCUUUGUUAAGUGACUAAGAUGUGUCUGUUAUGCUGAAGAAGCACCAAAAUUCCAUGCACUGUCUGAAUGCCAUACUGUCCUGUAUGCAUGGAGGUCUACCAAAGGGCAGGAUUGAAGAGGGUGAUAUCUAUACUGUUGUAGCUUCUAGAAACAGAUAUUAUUCUUUAAAUUUUGUAUAUUCCUGUUUUUAGCAUCUGAUAAUGUGAAGAACUCUUAAAACAAAGGGGCAUUUCAAACAAUGUGUUAAAAGUAUUUCCAAACAGUAUUUACAAUUUACAAUUUUACUUACUCAGAUUACAGCAUUGAUUAAUAUUCUCUAGACUAGGGGUAUCCAGUCUUAUCCAAGAAGGCCCAGUGUGGGCGCAGGUUUUUGUUUUAGCCCAGCACACCCUUGAUUCCACUAAAUAACAAAUCCUAAUUUUCAAUCAAGACCUAGAAAGGGCACAAUCAGGUGUUUUAGUGUUGGGCUAAAACAAAAACCUGUACCCACACUGGCCCUUUCCUGAUAACAUUGGACACCCCUGCUCUAGAUUAUGGAGUCAGCAUGACUAUAUUGGUAGUACCUUUUUCAGCAUAGACCUCUGACCUGCUGUUAUGGUUGGACAGCUAAACUGGAGCUAAACCUGUCAUAAAGACGUAAUACCAUUGUGAGAAUGUGAUAAGAAAAAUGUUGAGUACCUGGACAAAUGCAGUGCCUAGACUGGUAAAGAGCUGUGGGGGGCCGGGUACAUUUUACAUAUUGUACCGGCAGUUGUUCUGUAAAGGAUUUGUCAAAGGUAAAAUAUUUCUCAAAAUUAGUUUUUUAACUUUAAUUUAAUAAAUAGCCUUCAUAAACUGGAUAUAUGUAGUCAUAUUUUCCUUUGAAAUAUUCCUGUACCUUUUUUAAAUAAAAUUAAACUUUGGGGGAAAUUUGGGGAGGUCGGUUUUGUAAAUGAGAAAAUGGCACCGUUCAGAUUGUAAUUACCACAGAUUGCUUUACUGGAAAAAUGUAAAGCAGGAAUGUAUCAUACCUGUAAUGAAAUAUACAGAGGGUGUCAUGGCAGGGAUCAAACCCUCACCUUUCAGGUCCAGGUUUUCACUUACAAUGCUGAACUUUUUACUUAUAAUGAAUUUAACACAACUAAACAAGAAAAAAUGAAUGGGGGGUGAAAACAUUCCAAGGAAGCUGUAAAGGUGUACAAAUGCAUACUCCUGGGGCAUCUUUUAUAAAACAUUUAUACUAGGGAUACAACGGUACAUGGUAUGUUGUCGAACCGUUCGGUACGCCCCCUACGGUUCAAUACGCACACGUGAACCGUGGUAUUACGAUAUGCCUGUCAUUUUCCUAUAAUUUUCAAAACUUGCUUAUUGCGCUGCAGACUACACGCACGUUGUACAUUCAGAUCCACAGAACAUCUCUGGAGCCUAUCAUAAUUUCCCUGGAGCCUAUCAGCGCUCUGUAUGCAAAUAAAAGCUGGAGAAGAGAGGGGAAACUAAAAACACAAUUCUCUCAGCUCCAACGUGACAAUGGCGAGUGCUAGUGAGACAGAGAGAAGCAAAUUUGAAGCAGCACCGCCGUCUUUCAAAUCCACUGUGUGGAAACAUUUUGGAUUCAGCAUUCAAUACGAUGACGAGGGUAAGAAGACCGUAAACAAACAAAGUACAGUCUGCAAGCUUUGCUUUUCCACUGUCGGCUACUCGAGUGGAAACACUUCUAAUAUGAUGUCUCAUUUACGUCACCAUCACCUGGCCGUAUCCCAUGCAGGUGGCGCUGGGGCAAGGAGAGUCCACUCGUUAGCGAAAACACAACAAUCUCUCGCUGCUGCCUUCUAACAACAAUUUGCGGCAGAUUCAGAAAAACAAAGAAAUAACGAAAGCAGUGGGAGCAUUCAUAGCCAAAGAUUCGCAGCCCUAUUCGGUGGUUACUGACUCAGGAUUUCAUCACCUGAUGAAAAAAAAUGAACCGCAUUACAAAGUCCCUUCCCGCACACAUUUCAGCAGCAAAGUAAUUCCCGAACUCUAUGAAACAUCACGGAGAGAAAUUGAAAACGAAUUGACACAGACACCCUAUCUAGUACCCUGUUUAUUUAAAAUAGAGAAGGCAAAGCACCUACAGGUUGUCAAAGCUAAGAAGCACUUUUCAUUUUAAUGUUUUUCUCCCCUUGAUUUCAUACAGGCACCAUGCCUAGUCAGUCAUGCUGCCAUUUUUCUGAAUAGAACGUUUUAUUUGUGUAUAGGCAAAAUAAAGAGUUCAUUGUUGUGUUUUUAUUUUUUCCUUAAAUAUAAAAUACCGAAACCGUAUCGUAACCGUGGCCCAAAAACCGUGAUACGUACCGAACCGUGGGCCCACUGUACCGUAGCAUCCCUAAUUUAAACGCACACAUUUGAUCCUAAAUUCAGUAGAUUUGAUCUUAUGUGGAAAUCGAACAACAAAAUUGAGAUUUAUAAAACUUGAAAUUGACAUGAAUAUGUUCUUGUGCAUGUGCAAACUCCAUUGUGUGUGCAAACUUCCUUGUGGCUAUGCAGCCCGAGUGUGUGCUUUUCAAACUAUGGUAUUGCAUAUGGGUAGCUUUUUGAUUGCUCAGAUGUGUGGGAAAAUGGAAAAAUGCAGCUAAUGCUUUGUAAUUUAAAAUGGUAUUUUUAACUGUAAAUUAACACAUUUUUGAGUGUAUGUUUAAACAAAUAUUGCAUAUUGUAUUGUGUAGUUUCAAGUUGAUGCUCGUUGGUCGACUGGAAGAAGACAGUCUAAAGAAACCAUAUUGAAAAUUCUACCAGAUUGCCACAACCUUUCCUGUACUAGACUGUGUGGCCUGCUGACUUGUUGAUACUGAUUCCAAACUUUUGGUUCCUCAUAUUAAUAAAGCUGCAUCAAGUUCAAGUUGGCUAACAUUAGCUUUCUGCUAGUUAUGUUUAACUUGUGUUACUUCUGCAAUUUGUCAUGACCUGUGGAAAAACUAGUUGUUUGUGCCAUCUGUUCAUUCAUCUGUGAUCAAGGACAUUCUGUCAGCUGACUUGACCAGCUCUGCUGUUUCUUACAUGCAUAUAUAAAAUUGCACAUAACUUUGAAUUUGUCAUUUUUUUCAAAUGGAAUUAUUGCGCUCAAAAAUGCACCUGUCUCAAUUCUGUUUUUUUUUUUUUGUUUGAUUUUGCUAAGAUUGCCUCUUAGCGAUUAUUUCAGACUGUGACUGAUUUUUAUUUAUUUUUUUGUCUGUUAAUGCUGGUUUAUUGUUGGUUUUUUGAUUCAUUCCAACCUGCAAAUAAAUUGCUUCAUCGGUG